GAGGAGGGCGCCCGCAGCUUUCCCUUUUCUGCCCUGUUUCAGGCUCCUGGCUCCUUCCCUGUCAGUGCCUCGGAGGAGGGGAGGCAACACCAUGGCCCCCCGCGCGGCCGCCAUCCGCCAGACCUGCUGCUGCUUCAAUGUUCGCAUCGCCACCACCGCCCUGGCCAUCUACCAUGUGAUCAUGAGUGUACUGCUGUUCAUUGAGCACUCAGUGGAGGUGGCCCACGGCAAGGCCUCCUGCAAGUUCUCGAAGACAGGCUACCUCAGGAUCGCGGAAUUGAUCUCCAGCUUCCUGCUCAUCACCAUGCUUUUUAUCAUCAGCUUGAGCCUGCUGAUCGGCGUGGUCAAGAACCAGGAGAAGUACCUGCUGCCCUUCCUGUCCCUGCAAAUCAUGGACUUCCUCCUGUGCCUGCUCACCCUGCUGGGCUCUUACAUCGAGCUGCCCGCCUACCUCAAGUAUGUCUCCCGGAGCAGCAGCCGGGUGGGCCCCUCCAAGGUGCCACUGAUGACCCUGAAGCUCUUGGAUUUCUGCCUGAGCAUCCUGACUCUCUGCAGCUCCUACAUGGAAGUGCCCACCUAUCUCAACUUCAAGUCCAUGAACCACAUGAAUUACCUCCCCAGCCAGGAAGGUAUGGCUCACAAUCAGUUCAUCAAGAUGAUGAUCAUCUUCUCCAUCGCCUUCAUCACUGUCCUCAUCCUGAAGGUUUACAUGUUCAAGUGUGUGUGGAGAUGCUACAGAUUCAUGAAGUACAUGAACUCGGCCGAGGAGAGGAGCAGCUCCAAGAUGCUGCAGAAGGUGGUCCUGCCAUCCUAUGAGGAAGCCGUGUCUCUGCCAUACAAGAUUCUGGAUGGGGGCCCAGCACCACCCCCAUACUCAGAGGUGUGACAUUCACCAGGCCCCAGCCCAGGUGCUGGGAGGGGCGGAGCUACCUCGCAAUCCGCUUCUUUGCUUAGGUGGCCCCUGUGGCCUGGGUGAACCACCUGGCUGACUUCAGGACAAUCCGCUUGUGUCCCGCUCGCUGGCCUGCUUUUCCUGCGGGGCCUGGGAGUUGCUCACAAUUGGGUCAACCCCUUUAGGCUGAAUGAUUGGGUCUCAAAAAUUCAGUCCAACAGCACUCAGCUUCUUUUGAUCAGCUCUGACAUUGGCUUAAACGAUUGGUCUUUCUAAAGUCAGUGAGUUUGUUUAAAUAACUCUCAACUUGACCAGUUUUACCAAGUGGCUGACAAAUCAAAAGCACACUUGUCAUUUCAGUGAAAACAAUGUGGUCAAACAAAAGAGUCCAUUGUGUCAGUUUGUAAAUAGUUGUCAAUUCACAGAGCAAUUUAGUCAAGUAAUCAUCAGUUAGUCUUCCCCACCAAAUACAUACAUCCAUUUUCUUCCAAUAGUUCCUUAAACAAUUAUUAAGUCAGCCAACCCUCAGUUAAUUUAGAAUAGUGAUAAAAUCCCAUAAUAAAAAAAAUCAAAUUAGCCCCCCAAACCAUUCAAUUCAAUCUAGUCCAAUAACCGGCUGCCCCCUGCGGUCAGUUCAGUACUUGUGAGUCCUGAAUAAUUGUUAAUUCAAGCGAAAAUUCAGUCAGAUGGUUGCCAAACUGUCACUCAAGGGCUAGUACCAGGAAAUAACUGUUGUUUCAAUCAUCAGGCUCUACAAACGCACAAUAGUUUUGCUAAAGAGUUGUCACCCUCAACAACCAGUCACACGCAGCCACUGCGGUCACAUAGCAGUGGGUUCUGGGAAACGGGUCUCCUCAUCCGCGGUCGUCUCUAGUAAUGAGCUGUCAGCCUGUCCCACAGCCCAUCCGUUGCCAGAUAGGCUGUAGGCCACCCAGUUCUGCCUGACGCUUGUGGUCAAGCAGAAAUUCAGCGCUGAAAUCAGGCAAACCCAUUUGUUGGACUAAAUCCACAGGUUAGUUCAGUCAAAACAGGCAAACCCUUUGUGGGCACAGUCCCCGCCGGGGGGUUCGUGUUGGUGGGGCCAUAGGGAAGGUUUUGGUCCCUGCACCCCCUCUUUUGCCUGCUUCCCUGGGGGCUGGGAUUCCCGAGGUCACUGACCCAAAGGCGGAGAUAAGGCCCCAGAGGUGGGUUCUCUGGGGUCUGCAAGGGGGGUGCAGAGGGAGAGGGCUGUGCAAGGGGCUCCCCACCACACCCCUGUGUCACUGCUUUGUGUGACGGGGAAGAAGUUUCAAUAAAGCAGCAACACGCUUCUUUCUGGCU